AUGACGAGAAUCUCCGCUCUUAUUGCAGCUGCGCUGUCCGCUUCCGGAGCCCAGGCCUUCCCAGCUCCCCGCCAGGCCAAUGCUUCCUGGCCGGGUUUCGGCGGCCUGCAGUAUUGGUUUUCAUUCGGUGACAGCUACACGCAGACUGGCUUUGACGUGGACUCUACUCAGCCCAGUGCUGAAAACCCCUUUGGAAACCCGACAUAUCCGGGCUGGACUUCCUCCAACGGUCCGAACUGGGUUGGAUACCUGACCUACAAGUACAACGCGUCGCUGCUCCAGACCUACAACCUCGCCUCGGGCGGGGCUACGAUUGACAGCGCACUUGUGGCGCCCUACGCGGACACGGUGCUCUCGCUCAAGCAGCAAGUCCAGGACGAGUACCUGCCCAAGUACGGGGCCGACGGCACGAGCAAGGUCUGGGAGAGUGACAACACGCUCUUCAGCAUCUGGAUCGGCGUCAACGAUGUUGGAAACAGCUACUGGUCCACAAAUACUACCUUUAUGGAUUCCAUAUUCACCGAAUACAGUGGCCUUGUCGACCAGCUUUACACCAGUGGUGCUCGCAACUUUCUCUUCAUCAAUGUGCCGCCUCUUGAGCGCACGCCCCUCACCAGUGCCCAAGGCAGCGACAGCGUCGCUCUCGAGAAGCCUGUUGUCGCCGACUUCAACACGCGCAUCUCCAACCUCGCCUCGUCUCUGCAGGAGAAGAAUGCCGACGCGACCGUCUUCACGUUCGAUGCCCACACGCUCUUCAACGAAGUUCUGGAUGAUCCCUCGAGCUACACCCUGACCGCCGGCCUCAAGAACACCACCACUUACUGCACGGACUACGAGAACGGCACUGAUGAGCAAAACACGACAAUCGCUGCGUGCGGUGUUGCUGUGAACGAAUACUUCUGGCUGAACACGUUGCACCCGACUUCCCCCGUGCACGAGGUGGUGGCUUCGGAGCUCUCCAAGCAGCUGAAGAGCGCCGAGUGA